GAUUCCUAAGUUCGGGCUUCUCUCCCUCUCCUGUUACUCGCCUCUGAAGUCUCCACGACGAACCGUGACAAACCUCGGGCACCACAUGUGAAUUUAAUGCCGUUGCCGUCUGAAAAUAUGAAUUCGAGGAAGACCAUAACCUUCGGCAAGAUAAGCGCCAGUUUGAGUAAACCGGCGGCCGAGGCAGCCGUCAAAACCACCGGCUCCGGAUUCGGCACUUUCGGUAGGAAACGCGAGGAGAACAAUGUGCGGACGAUGGACGAGAUCAGACCGGAGGACGAGGAGGAGACCCAAAGUAUGCAGAAGUUGAUGGGCAUCACGGGCUUCGGUAAGAAAGCCAAGUCUUUCGAUGUGCAGGAGAUGAUGGAAAACAUCACCAAGACCAUCAGCAGCAACAAAGCAACUGCAGUCGAGAGAGAAAGGCCCAACGAAGUCGCGGAAUCCAAAGGGGACAAGGUGAGCGACGACGACGACGACGACGACGACGACAACGAUGACGACGACGACGAUGAUGAUUUUAUUGGUCCACCGAUACCGUCUUCGUUGCCCGUUGCUUCAGAAGCAACCGCAGGCUCAAGUACACAGAGGAAGAAGGCCGAGAAAAACGAGAGCGACGAUGACGACGACGACGACGAUAAAGGAUCGUCAGACUCGGAAGAGGAAGAGGAAGUGACAUUGAGGGACAAGAUCCCUUGUUCCCACGAGGUCUCAAUGACUCACGGCACCAAGGCGGUGAUCGCCAUCGCUGCGGAUCCAUCCGGAGCUCGACUGGCGUCCGGCUCCAUCGAUUACGACGUCUGCUUCUGGGACUUCGCCGGUAUGGACACGUCCAUGAAGAGCUUCAGGACCCUGCAGCCCUGCGAGAAUCAUCCCAUCAAGUGCCUGCAGUAUUCCACAACCGGGGACGUGAUACUGGUGAUCUCGGGCGCCGCGCAGGCAAAGGUCCUGGACCGGGACGGCUUCGAGAAGUGCGAGACCGUCAAGGGCGACCAGUACAUCACGGACAUGGCACGCACCAAGGGUCACACCGCCAGUCUCAACAGCGGCUGCUGGCAUCCGUUCGCCAAGGAGGAAUAUCUCACCUGCUCUCAGGACAGUACCUGCCGGAUAUGGAAUAUGUACAGACCGCGCGCGCACAAGAGCCUGAUCAAGUGCCGAGCGCAGAACGGCGUGAAGACCAUUCCCACCACGUGCGCGUACAGCCGGGAAGGCGCGGCUGUCGCGUGCGGAUGUACGGACGGCUCGAUUCAGAUGUGGGACCACAGGAAGAACUUUGUGAAUCCGUCCCUCGUGCUGCGAGGCGCGCACGCACAAUCCAGCGAAGUGUCCAGCCUGAGCUUCUCGUAUCUCGGUCAGAUGCUGGCGAGCAGGAGCUGCGACGACACCCUGAAACUGUGGGACUUGCGGACAUUCAAAACACCGAUCUUCGUCGCUGAAGGACUGUUCUCGCGUUACGACACCACGGAUUGCAUGUUCAGUCCGGACGACUCGAUGAUCGUCACGGGGGAAUCCCUGAACAAGGGGAAGACGACUGGCAGAGUACUGUUCUACGAUAGCAAGACGUUCGACUUGGUCAGAGAGAUCCCCGUGACGAACUCGCAUGUGAUAAAGACCCUGUGGCAUCCGAAAUUGAAUCAGGUGUUCGUAGGCUGCGGCAACGGCAUCGUCAAGGUGUAUUACGAUCCGAAGAAGAGCAUGAGGGGCGCCAAGCUGUGCGUCGUCAAGACGCACAUAAAACAGAAGCAUAUCGAGAUAAUGUCGACCCAGCAGAUUAUAACGCCUCACGCGCUUCCCUUGUUCCGCCAGGAUCGGCCCAAAUCAGUACGAAAGCAGAUGGAGAAGGACAGGCUCGAUCCAGUCAAGUCGAGACGUCCGGAUCUGCCUAUUACUUCCGGCCAGGGUGGCAGAGUGGCGUCCUCCGGAGGGACGCUCAGCUCUUACGUCAUACGCAAUCUCGGGCUGAGCAAACGGAUAGAGGACGACCAGGAUCCCAGGGAGGCGAUUUUGAAAUACGCCAAGAUUGCUGAGGAAGAACCGUACUGGAUCGCACCCGCGUACAAGAAGACGCAGCCGAAAACGAUUUUUCAAAACGACGAUCAAGACAGCGGGCCGAGUAAUAAAAAACAAAAGACUUAGACCUUGUAUAUACGCGCUGUGUAAUUAAUUAAAUGUUAUAUCCCUGUACAGUACAUGUAGCGAAUUAAUUGCAAGAUAACAUAAUUGUGUUGUAAAUGUUGUGUUAGAGAAUGUUGUACAUAAUAACGCAUUAUACAUUUCUUUUGUGAAAUUUUUCAUGUAUAAUUACGCUGUAACUGUAUUUAAGCAUUGAUUUAACAGUCCCAUAUGUCCUUAAAAUUUAACUUUGAGAUUUAAAAUAUCGAGUUUCAUUGUGUUAUAAAUCUUGUAUUUUAUUUUUAAUCGUCAUAAUCGCUGUAUUUCUCUUUGAAUAAUUAUAAAGUAAUUUUCGCUUUCUUAUUAUUUGUCAUAUUAUUUAUCAUUUUCAAUAUAUAAUUUUUAUCUAUAAAUCUUUACAAGAAUACAGAACAUGUUAUGAAUACACUGUAAGAACCACAGAAAUGUUGGCACAAUAUAUGUUUAUGUAAUAUUUAAAAAAAA